AUGACCCCAAGCAUGAAUAAGAGGAGGAGAGUCGAGUCCGCCUCUGUGGCGGAAGACGCCUCCAGAUUCUACAAGAGGCUGGGACUGGACAUACUGACCCCGUCCUCCACUUCCGGCCUGUCUCAGCAGACUGGAGUGAACAGUAAAAACUAUGUCCAGCAAACUUGCCAUACAGCAUCUCAAACAUCAAACCCCAUCCAAAGAUCGGAUAAUGGGGUGCUACAGUGGGUCCAGUCUAAUCAAAGAGACAAUCGAACAAACACUGCUAGAUCUGAUGCUUACCAUUCAAAUUAUGCUCAAUGGAAGCAGGCAAACCAUGCUCACGGAUACCAGUCAAAUCAUGGACACCAAUCAAGCCAGUCUUAUGGACACCAGUCCCACCUUCAUGGGCACCAGUCUACUCAUCCCAAUGAGAACCAAGCACGCCGUGCACAAACCAAGACUGACUUUGUCAAUGGUGGCGCUUUUUGUUGGUCACGACGUGAUCCACUUCAAAUUCAUGAUCAGUCACAACCAAGAUUUGACAGACCAGUCAGGAAAGAGCCUCAAGUCAAGCCAAUAGACAAGUAUGCGCCUCCUGACUACCUUACCAUCAUGUAUCACCCGACACCGACUCUAGAGGACCUGGGACUGACCAGCUAUUUGGACAGUCCCCCCUCGUCACCGAGAGCUAUGUCACCCGUCAGAGAUUCUGAGCAGAUUGUGACAGCGGCAGCUAGCGAAUCUGAACAAACCGAUAAAACAGCGGCUACAAGCCGGAAGCAGGCUGAUGCAAUACCGACAACUAGUUAUAAGCAGACUGAUACAAAAUCAGCUUGCUCUAAGAUAACUGAUACAUUACUUCCUUGGAAGCUGAUAAGGAUCACUAUUCCAGAUCAGGACGUCAAGCCGUUUGUACAUCUGGAAGGAAGUCAUGUUGGUGAUCCACGUCUUCUCUUUGGGAGACGAUCAAGAGGACAACUACCCAAGAGGGAAGGCAGUGUUUGUGUGGGACAAUCACAACUCGCCAACAGGGAAGGCAGUGUUUCUGACACACGCCAUGCUUUGGCUGCCUCGCAAUCUACGGCUCAACUAUACAUGGAUACUCAAUCGACGGUUCUGACUGGAACAAAUGAUGUAAAGAGAAAGGGACUAGUAUGUAGAAUGGAUGAAAAUGAGAGACCCAAUAAGAAGUUGUGUGUUUGGUCAACAGUUGCUGAGCAGUACGUAACAGAGAGUCGUCAGUCUGAUAACCAAGAGGCAAGACGUGACGCAGCGUACAGACGCUAUGGCAGUGACGGGCGUCCAUGCAUGCGUCAACAGUCACACAUGAGGUCUCAAACACAAUCUGCGAGGAUAGAGUCAUACGAUGAGAUGUUGGCUCGCCAGAAAGCAAGACAGAUUACGCAUAAGCAAAAUCUCAAACCAAGUGUCCAGUCUCCAAAACACACCAAUUGUGUUAGCUCCACCUUGUUCACUGAUUCAGACAACAAGACUUCCGGACCCGCUGUCUCUCUGGACCUGUUUGGUGGAAUGUCUCCAUUUAGUUGUUGGAAGCGGACAGCCCCGGAAGACCCGAGGUUCUCCUAACUUCCGGUCUAUGUUUUGUUAACUUUCUGUUGUGGAACGUUUUCAAGAUUGGAGAGCAUGGACCUGAAACGGCUAAAGAAUUGAAAUACAGUGUCUUUCAAGACUGUUGUUGCUCAUGGCAACCAAUCUGUGAUAUUGUCUGUGACAAUUUUUUACUUUAUAUGUUGUCUGUGACAAUGAUUAACUUUAUAUGUUGUCUGUGACAAUGAUUAACUUUAUAUGUUGUCUGUGACAAUGAUUAACUUUAUAUGUUGUCUGUGACAAGGAUUAUCUUUAUAUGUUGUCUGUGACAACAUUCUUGAUUAUGCAUUCCAUUAUUUCAACAAUAUUCUAAUUGGACACUGUGUGUCUGGAUAAUAACUACCAAUCAUCUUGAUUUAGAUGGAAAAGCUUGUCAUUAUAAGUCCACGAAAAAGAAUCAUGGUAUAAGAUUUUGAAACCAUAAAAUAUAUAUAGCUUUUUAAAAGUUACUAACCAAGGCUCUUUGUUAAGUGUUUUGACCUUUUUAAUAAAUUCUAAAGUUUUUUUCCAGUAAUAUAGUAUAUUUUUUGGCAGAUUCUCUUUUUUUAGAGAUUUUACAACAUUAAGCCGUUGAUCACAUUGCCUGAAGUAUACAACGCUUGACUUGAACUUCUAUCCCUCAUUGUUUUAUUUGCAACGAUGAUAUUUGAAUAAAUUAUAUAAAUUAGGUUGUUUACUUUAAGAUAUUAGGUCAUAUUUGAUACAAGAAGUGUAUAUAUAUAUAUUGCACCAUUGAUAAACAAGCAU